AUUUAAUUCCUGCACCACGCGUUUGAAUCUGCUCUUCGGCACUCUUCAAUAACAAGCAAGGCCGUGGUCUCGGCCUAGGCCUGCCGGGAGUCUGGAGGCGGCGGCUGAAAUGGGGGUGGCCGCUGACGUCCCCGCUCCCACGACGUGGUUUGAGUUUCUCCUCGACGAGAACCUGCUGGACCUUCACCUGAGCAAGCCCAGUCCGAAUCCGUCGGGCGUGGUGCUCAUCAGCCUGUUCCUGGAGCAGGCGUCCAAGUCGACGGUGAACGAGCAGAACCAGGCGGUGCCGCCCGCCAACAACAAGCGCAACCGCGUGCUCAAGCUGCUGGCGCUGCGGACUGCCGCUCACCUCCAGUGGGACCUUGCGCUGCUCGAGCGGAAGCUCAGCGUGCCGGUGCUGAACAUGCUGCUGGACGAGCUACUGGCCGUGAGCCGUGUGCCGCCGGGCGUCUCGCACACCGAGCUGGGCCUCGCCAGCCUGCCGGCCUACACCGCCAUGGCCGUCAUCCUCUACCACCGCUGGGCGGUCAGAGCAAACGUCCAGUGCAGUUUCCCUGCCAAGCAGCCCAAGUCGGGUCCCCUGCAACCGACCGUAAUGAAUCAGUUGCAGCAGGAAAAGGAAAUGACGGAAGCGAUUUUGAAAGUGCUUCGCGAGCAGUGCCAGGACUCGAUCGCGGUGCUGGAGGAAGCUCUGCUUCUUCCCGACACGCUCUGCGUCCACACCAUCGACACGCUCAGCCGACUCGCCGUGCCGGUCACAUCGGCGGCGCCGGCAACCGCCGUGACGACAUCGUCGUCGUCAUCGCCGGCUGUGGCUAACGGGCACGGCGACGCCGGGGGCGGUGGCGGUGGCGAGCCGCCGGGGUUGGCGGAUGACGGUGGGAUCGACGCCGGCCAGGGAAUGCGUAUCCCUCGUGACGAGCUGCACUGCUGCGUUUGCUACGACCUGGGCUCUGUGUACUUCAUGCGUGGCUCCUCCGACUUCUCGCAGUAUCACAAGGCGCGGGACCACUUCCUCCGCACGAAGCAACUCCUGGACAAGGUGGGAGUCUCAGCCGCUUGCACCCAGGUGGACCGCACGCGUCUUGGCGGCUACUGGCAGGCGUGCAGCGCCGUGCUGCCGGGCGACGGUGCGGCCUGUGAGGUCGCGGGGGCGGUGGGGACGCACGAGGCCGCCCUGCCCGGCACCGCCCCCCGCACCAACUCCUACGCCAACAUCCAGCGCUACCUCAAGGCCAGCGACUGGAAGAGUGUGGUGGACACCCUUCUAGAGGACAACCUCACCCAGGGCUUGCCCACGCACUACCGGCAGUCUCUGCUGCGGGAGCUCGGCCAACAAGUGCAGUCGGGGAGCGGCGGCGCCGGCCUGGAGGAGCUGUGCGCACGCGUGUGCGUGUGCAACGGCGUGCGAGACUUGUGCCAGGGGCGUCCCGCUGGGGUGUCCUUCCUGCAGCUGCUGCAGAAGCCGUCCGCUCAGACGAUCGACUUCCUGCUGGAGGUGUGUUUGCGUUCCAUCAAGGGAGACCAAUCGUCGGACUCCACGAGAAGGAAGAACAUGGCUCAGUUUCUGAAGAACCUGUGCCUGCAGCUGGAGGACCUGCAGCUGGUGUUCAUGGUGUCGUCGCACGAGCUGUUCAUGCGCCUGCUGGAAGACGGGGAGAGGCAGGCGCUGCUCGACACCAUGCGGCGACGCUCGCCCAUGUUCCAGCCCGCCUCCACCAGGUCGGCCUUCCAGGACAUUCCCGUGACAUCGCCAAGCGUCAGCGUCGGGCAGCUGGAGCAGCAGCUGAUCGUCACCUUUGACCCGUGGCGGAUCCGACAGAUCCUCAUCGAGCUGCACGGCCUCACGUCCGACCGCCAGUUCUGGACGGUCUCCAGCAAGUGGGAGCUGCUGGGCGGCUACACGAGCUGCAUCCUCAGCAUGAAGGAGGACGUGACCCGCGACCUCCUCUACAUCCUCAUGGCCAAAGCGCUGCGCUGCCUCAACAACAGGGACCACUCGCGCUGCCGCCAGCUGCUCACGGCGAGCCUGGAGCUCGUCGCCGACUUCUCCCCUCGCCUGCGCCAGGUGGUGCUCAACGAGCUGCUGCUGCUCGACGUGCGCGACAGCGGCGACGCGCACAACGCCACGGCGGCGGCGGCGUCGGCGGCACUACCGCCAGGAGUCCAACCGCAGCUCCUCGGAGGCGGGGCGGGCGGCGGGGCCGCGUCGUCGGCGUCGUCGUUGUUUUCGUCGUCGGGCGGAGGGGCUCCCGUCGAGCAGAGGCCGAGAGACAUCAUCGGCCGCGCACGGGGAUACCUGGAGAGCCGGCAGCAGGACGUCCCGACGAGGCAGGUGAUCGCCGAAGGGUGCGUCUGCCUGCUGCUCAACUGGAAGGAGUACGAGUACCUGGCCCUGCAGACUUCCGUGGCCGCCCUGCACAACCCCUACGUGAAGCUGGGCCAGCUGCUGGCCGGCACGUGCCGUGACGUCCCGGGGCCCAAGGAGAGCCGGCGCGCCGCCAAGGAGCUGUGGGAAACGGUGGUGUACGUCUUCUCGUCGGGGCCCGCUCAGGCUCGCAAGCAGCCUCUCGAAGGCAAGGGGACCCCCCUGAUGUUCCGGAAGGAAUUCAUCGCCUUCAUGAAGAAGCUGAAGGAGACUCUGGUGCUCACCACUCUCAUCUCCCUGCUUGUCAAACUUCACAACGUGGUCCGGGACGAAAUUGUGAACGACGUCAGCGCCGAGUUUAUCUCCCUGUGGCCGUCAUCGUUGCCGAACCUGCAGUCGGUGGACUCGGACGCGGUUGCCGUGGCGAUUAAGGAGCUGCUGGCGCACGCCCUGGCGGUGAACCCCACGUACCCUUCCUGGCUGCUCACCCAAGCCGACUUCUACUUCGCCACCAACCAGUACAGCGCCGCCCGGCAGCACUACCUCCGUGCUGGCGCCGUGGCCUCCGACUUCUUCCACAAGGCCGUGCCGCAGGACGUGUACACGGAGCAGGUACUCAAGCGACUGAUCAAGUGCUGCUCGCUGCUCAACUGCCACACGCAGGCGGCCGUGCUGUGCCAGUUCAUCAAGGAGCUGGAUUACCCAACGGCCUUCAAAGCUCUGCAGGAACAGAACAGUUCCGACUCCAUGGACAUGUACUACGACUACAUCUGGGACGUCACCAUUCUGGAGUACCUCAUCCACCUGCACCACAAACGGGGAGAGGCCGACAAGAAACAGCUGGCGGUCAAGGCGAUGGGCCAGACGGAGCUGAACUCGAGCAACCCCGAGGAGGUGCUGCAGCUCGCCGCGCAGAAGCGCAGGAAGGGCUUCCUGCAGCUCAUGGGCCGCCUGUACUUCUAACGGGGCAGGUGCGGUUGACCGCAAUGGCCGGGCCCGCAGUAACGGGGGCGCUGGGAGGGAGGUGUCGGUGGACCGCGCAAGGAUGGGAACCGUAGCGCUGCACGAACGAGCGGGAGCACAGCGACUCAACGGCGCCGUCGUUAGCGCGUUGGUUCGUCGUUAGCGCGAGAGGGGGCUGCCCCCCCCCCCAGCCCGUCGAGGACUCCGGCCCACGCCGCCACAGUCGUCGCAGGGACGACCCUCUCCGAGAAGGUUUUGAGACUCCCGAGGGGAGAGAGGCUUCCCUGCGUGAAGCAGAAGGUGCAUCGUUAUUUGCAGUGCGCAACGUGACGUGUUGACGAGAAAUAAACGGAGUUGUUUUUUUUC